CUACCACAUCGGCAUCUAUCCAUGCAUUGUGACCAUAUAAUAUUUUUUAUAUAACUUUCCUUUCCGGUCCUUUCGUUUUCUAUUCUACCGCCCUGUGGACUCAAGGACAUGCAUGCGUCUGUCUCUAUGUAUAUAUAUAUUUAUUUGUCCAGCCUUUUCCCCACAUCCUACCGUGUGCUUGUGAGGUGAAUAAUCCAAAACCGACUGUGACAGUUCAAUGCAACACAGAGAGAGGAGCAGCACUGCAGAGGUAAACAGAACAGCAUGUGCAGGUUUUAACGAGGAGGUUCAAACGGGACAGAAACCAGAAGGACGUGCAAUUCUAGAGUAAAAGUGUUGGAAUUCUGAAUGGAUGUGUGAAAUCUAUUAUCAAGAGAUGAAAAAGCACAUUCCCACCUCAGACUAUUCUAUCUGGUACGUGUCAACGAAGCUUCCAGCCUUCAGCGCAUAACCCUCUCGCCUGUUGCCUCAAGGGCAUUGGAACCUGUCAGUCAGACGUGCGGACCUGUUGUUUCCUUUGCCAUACACCCGAAGAUGGCAGAGAAGCUGAACCCCAAUGUGCUCUAUGUGAGGGAGCCGCGCGAGUCGGUCUCUUCACUGGAUUCUGACCGCCUGACCCAGCCCGACGCCGGUGAAGAAUCCUCGGACAGUGACGGGGAGCAGGAGAUCUCGCACAAACUCAUUCGGAAAGUCUCGACAUCAGGACAGAUCAGGGCUAAGAAAAGUGUGAAGGAAGGCCUGCUCCUGAAGCAAACCAGCUCGUUUCAGCGAUGGAAGAGAAGGUACUUCAAACUGCGAGGGAGGACUCUCUAUUAUGCCAAGGAUUCCAAGUCUUUGAUAUUCGAUGAAGUGGAUCUGUCAGAUGCCAGUGUUGCAGAGACAAGCACAAAGAACAUUAACAACAGUUUCACAGUGAUUACUCCAUUUCGGAAGUUGAUCCUCUGUGCAGAAAACAGAAAAGAAAUGGAAGACUGGAUCAGCACACUGAAAUCUGUCCAGAAAUGGGAGAUUUAUGAGGCCAGCCAGUUUAACAUGGAGCAUUUCUCUGGGAUGCAUAACUGGUACGCCUGCUCUCACGCGCGCCCCACCUUCUGCAAUGUCUGCCGGGAGGUUCUUUCUGGGGUCACCUCGCACGGACUCUCCUGUGAAGUGUGCAAGUUUAAAGCCCACAAACGCUGUGCUGUGCGAUCCACCAACAACUGCAAAUGGACUACGCUGGCUUCCAUAGGAAAUGACAUAAUUGAAGAUGAGGAUGGAGUGGCCAUGCCUCACCAGUGGCUUGAAGGGAAUCUGCCGGUCAGUGCCAAGUGUGCCGUGUGUGACAAGACGUGUGGGAGCGUGAGGAGGCUGCAGGACUGCCGCUGUCUGUGGUGCAAAGCCAUUGUACACAGUGCCUGCAAGGAGCAGUUUGGAAAAAAGUGUCCCCUGGGCCCCUUCCGUGUGUCGAUCAUUCCUCCCACCGCCCUCAACAGCAUCGACUCCGACGGUUUCUGGAAGGCCACUUCCCCCUCUUGUUCCAGCCCCCUGCUCGUGUUAGUCAACUCUAAGAGUGGGGACAACCAGGGAGUGAAGUUUCUACGCAAGUUCAAGCAGCUUCUGAACCCGGCCCAGGUCUUUGACUUGAUGAAUGGAGGACCCCAUCUCGGUUUAAGGCUGUUCCAGAAAUUUGCUACCUUCCGAAUCUUGGUCUGCGGAGGGGAUGGAAGUGUGGGCUGGGUGCUGUCUGAACUUGACAAACUAGGACUGCAUAAGCAGUGCCAGCUGGGAGUGUUGCCACUUGGCACAGGAAAUGACCUCGCCCGGGUGCUGGGCUGGGGGGGCCUGUGUGAUGACGAUACCCAGCUGCUACAGAUCCUGGAGAAACUGGAACGCGCCACCACAAAAAUGCUGGACAGGUGGAGUAUCCUGACAUACGAGCUGCCAUCAAAGCAGCCCCCUCCAGCCAUUAAACAGGAGGAGAAUGGAGACUCUGUUCUACAGGUUCAGAUGACCCAGUACUCUGAUUCCGUUGCUUUCCACCUGGCUAAGAUUCUGGAUUCGGACAAACACGCGGAUGUCAUUUCAUCAGCCAAGUUCCUGUGCGGCACAGUCAAUGAAUUUGUGGCUGAGGUGGGGAAGGCUUAUGAACGGGCCACAGAGAACAAGGAAGAGGCUGAUACAAUGGCCAAAAAGUGCGCAUUGCUGAACGAGAAGCUGGACUCCCUAGUGAAAACCCUGAGUGAGGAGGCAGACGCAGUGCUGGUGCCCGCUGGCUCUCCGGUGACGCCCCCCACAGAGACCAGCCAGGGGGGCAAUAAGGAGGAAGACACCCUGCCCAGGGUCUUCAAAUCCAAGGACCAGCUCAUGCUGAGAGCCAACAGCCUGAAGAAAGCCCUGAGGCAAAUCAUUGAACAAGCAGAGAAGGUGGUUGAUGAACAGAACAAACACACUCAGGUCUACCGGAUGUCUUCCUCUUCCUCGAUGUCGUUGAAGAAAGACAACAGCGAGGAGUUCAAAGAAAAGGAAGCCGAUACUCUGCGUCGAGGGACAGUGAGCUCAACCACAUCCUCAAUCUUCUUGGAGAAGUCAGACAGCUUCAGCUCUGUUCACUUCACUGAGGAUCCCAACUCCAUACAAUACACUGAGAAGUGUGUCAUGAACAACUACUUUGGGAUUGGACUGGAUGCCAAAAUCUCUUUGGAAUUCAACAACAAGCGGGAUGAGCACCCAAAGAAAUGCAGCAGUCGUACGAAGAACAUGAUGUGGUACGGAGUGCUGGGGACCAAGGAGCUGCUUCAGAAAACAUACAAGAACCUAGAGCAGCGUGUGCAGCUGGAGUGUGACGGUGUGCCCAUGUCCUUGCCCAGUCUACAGGGACUGGCAGUACUCAACAUUCCCAGCUAUGCCGGGGGAAUCAACUUCUGGGGAGGGACCAAAGAGGACAACUUUUUUGGCGCACCCUCGUUUGAUGAUAAGAAGCUGGAAGUGGUGGCGGUGUUUGGGAGUAUGCAGAUGGCAAUGUCCAGGGUUAUAAACCUGCAGCAUCACAGAAUAGCUCAGUGCCGGUCAGUAAAGAUCACCAUCCUGGGAGACGAGGGGGUGCCCGUGCAGGUGGAUGGAGAAGCCUGGGUCCAGCCCCCCGGAAUCCUCAAGAUCGUGCACAAGAACCGAGCCCAGAUGUUAACCAGGGACCGGGCGUUUGAGAGCACUCUGAAAUCAUGGGAGGACAAGCGCAAGUGUGAUAACUACCGGGGCUCACGGCCACGCCUCAACUCCCAGCAAUCCAUGGAGUACCUGACUGAGGAGGAGUAUUCACAACUGCAGCAGUUCGGACAGGCCGGGGACACGCUCAUCAACAAAAUCCGCGAAGCAGCAAAGACCCAAAAGGCGAUUGAGCAGGAACUGGCCCACCCAGUCAAUGCCAGCGCUCUCAUACUGAAUGAAUCCUUCUCAAACAAGGCCAGCACUCCAGAGUAUCUCAGUCGGAAUGCAGCAGUGGAUAUUGUGAACUCUGUCAAGGUUCUACAGCUGGAAACAAAGAUGCUGCUGGAAGGGAAGCUACUGCAGCUGGAAUCUCCCCAGGAAGAGGGGCUGCACUCUGCACUGAAUAACCUCAGCAAUGAGCUGCAGAAAGUAGCAGAGAUCCACUGGAUUGCUCAUAUCAUCAACUGCACUGAAGAGGAGGGCCCCAAGAGCAGUAGCAAGAGCAGCAUGAAGCUGAAGAUCAUGCCUAAAGCCAAGAGGGAAAGAGAGAAGCUGCAGAAACAGAGAUCCAACAGCUCCCUGCCCGUGAAGAAAUGGGGCACUGAGGAAGUGGCAGCUUGGUUGGAUUCUGUGGGUUUAGGGGAAUACAAAGACAUAUUUAUUCGACAUGACAUCCAGGGGUCCGAGUUGGUUCUUUUGGAAAGACGGGACCUCAAGGAUCUUGGGAUUAAAAAAGUGGGUCAUAUGAAGCGGAUUCUCCAGGGCAUUAAAGAAAUGAGCAGCCACAUCUGACAAGAGACAGCGGUGCCGCAGAGCCUUCCUGGAAGGGGCCACGUUUGCUUCAAGACCCCUCUGCUAGGCCCGUCUUCUGGGAGGGCUGCUGUUGCGUGCACAAGCCUAUCCAUUUCUUUGUCUUGGGAGGAAGAUGGCAAAACAAGGGCAUGGUCACACAUUUUUCUUUGCAAGCAUGUAGUCUCAUAACCAUACAAAGAAGUUUGGGUGGAACUAGGCCAAAGGGCUUCCAGCUCCUCCGAUUCCUGUCCUGUCCUGCAGCGAGGACUCCUUGAAACCCUUCGUUAGGGUCAAACAACGUGACGGCAGCCACAAACCUGACACAGUCUGUCACUGGCCGUAAGAAAACAAACUGGUACUGCUGCUGAAGAUCUGAGCGACUUUCAGGAAUCCCGAGGUGAAAAUAUCUGGACUUUUGUUUCUCCUCCGUGGAGGGAUACUAUAUAAGCAUCUUGAAGAAUGUAUGUGUCGCUGCUGCUGUUUUUGACUGUCUGCUUUGGAACUUGUGUGGAGUUUCAGUAAUGCUAGUGCUGCUGCUGCCCCAGUGUGUCUUGUGUCUCCUGCAUGGCUUCUCCUAGUGAUCGGAAUGAUAAAUGGUGCAAUCUUCUAGUGACCUCCCAGAUUUUUUCUCGGUGUACAUUGUGACCCUAUGGUAAUGUUGUUUUAAAGCUUAGGCUGAAUUCAGGAUCUUGAUAGUAAACCUGAGCCUCAUUGACAAUGGUACUCCAAAGUCUAGGGCAACUUACCCUGUUAAACAUGUCUUUUGUUUGCACUUUAAAACCAAACAGAGAAGUGGUGUCACAUGUAUGGGUAAAACAUAAUAGCUAGUGAUGGGCACCAAUGUUGAUAUUUUGAUAUGAUAUCGAUAUUGUUCACUAUCGAUAAUAAUAUCCAUAUCGCAAUAUCUAAAAAAUAAUUCACGUACGCUCACAGAGGCAUACUUUUUAUUGCUAAUACUGCUAGACAUACAAACACAGUAUAAUCAAGUUUAUGUUAUAUUAAGAUACAACAAACCCUAUACAUACCAAUCACAACUCCUCUGACGCAGUCCUGUGUUCCUGUAUGUAAAAUAUCCAGUAGAUGGUGCUUUACUCCUUUUUAGGUAUAAGGUUAAGACAGAACACCCACACACUAAAGUAUUAUUUAACCAUUUUAUUCCAUUGAUUGGCGUUUAGGUACCAAACGCUAUUUGCAUGCUGGAUUAAGCACUAUUGGUCAUCUGAUUGCAAUUAUUUUGAGAUAUGCGCAUGCGUCAGCGGUUCAUUGCAUUUUUUCCGUGUGAUUUACUUACUUACUUACGCUAUUGUUAAUUUAUUUUGAAAAUAUGAGCUUUCGGUAUUAUAAGUGAGAUGUACUUUUAAAACAUAAAAAUAAUGCAAAAUCUGGCAUGACACUGUACUUAAUACUUUUAGAGGUUUGGUGAGUCCGCAUUUAUAUGCAGAGCAGCUGAAGAUUCAAUUACUUCUGGAUUGGCUAUGCGCAGUGAAGUAUAAAAAUAUUUCGGUUUUGAGCUGGCUGAUGACGGAAUAGUAAAACAAUAUAACAAGACCUUGUUUUUCUCCAUGGAUAGUGUGAAGCAAAGCACCACUAAGUUAAAAUAAGUCAUUGCUUUUCAUAUGUAAAUAUCUGUUAAUGUCUAUAUAUGUAUAUAUGUUUGAUAUUGCAAUUGUGUUAUUAUAUUUGAGUUUUGGAAGACUUUGAUUUUAUCAAUAUCAAUGUACAAUUUCCAGAUGGUUGCUCACCACUAAUAAUAGCGUUAUUGUUUGGGGCGUAACCCUUGGAAAAGCAGUUGACCUGGGUUCACAGUAUAUCAUUGUCUUUGGUAUAGAUUUAAUUGUUCACCUCCGAUCAUUGAUCUCCAGUAGACUACAUCCCUCAUCUCCAAACAAAUAAGAAGACCAUACCUGCAAUCCUCAACUGAAUGUUACUGUAGUCCUUCCAUUGAGUAAUCAACCUUAUAUUACACAAAUCUUGAUACAAAAUUAAUUAAACUAUUGCAAAAAAUAUAAAACUAAUAAGAUAUUUACCUCAAUAUUACAAGAUACAAUACUGUGUUUACAAGCAAGCCUUAAUUGUCAGCAUCUUCAUAUGCAAUAUAUCAGGUGUUUGGCACAAGGAAACAGGGUCUAGUUUGAUGUGGUAGUUUAUCUUGGGAAUGACAGGGCUUAUUUUCAGUUUGUUUACCCUGGAACACUUUGCAGUCCCAAUAAAAGAAUCUGGAAAAACCGAAUACAUGUAUUUAUCCACCACCAAUGAAGAUUGGUUGUAACAUGUAGUACUGGCCUUCAUAGCUGAUUAAUCCAGUGAAAACGCUGGAUUUCAAUCAGCUAAACGCUUCCAGCUAUAGCCAGAACAUGCACUUUUUUUCCUCAGCAGCACCUGGUGUUAAGAUGUCUAUUAUUCCUCACAGUCAUUUGCAAAGAGAAUGAGUUUUCUUGAGUUUUGCAAGUUGGUGGGUUUGCUGAAGCUGCAAACCAGUACAGUAGUAAAAUAAAAUAAAGUAAACAUCAAAUUGUAAUAAGAAUAUUUAAACUGCAAAGGAAUGUAUUAGAGCAUAUUUAAUAUAGAAUAUAUUAUAGACCAACACGAUCCAUGGGGUUUAUAAUACAGCUAGGUAACACAGGAUAUAAAAACAAGCUGCUACAAAAAAAACAUGGCUCGUUUUCUCCACCAACAAACCCAUUUGUCUCAGAAAAAAACAAGCUGUUUGGAAGUGUUGCAGGAAAACAAAUAACAUUUACUUAAUACAUUAUAUCAAAAAUGUGACUGAUGACCAAUAAAAUGAUAGCAGAAUCAUACCCGAACUGUAAAAUGUGUCUGUGUGAUACCUUAAACAGAUGUAUUUUUCUUUUGUUGCAGUUUUUAAACCAUGUUUCUGUGUGUGUAUUGGGUGGGUUAUAUUAGGUAAUGUAUUUAAAAAUAGGCUGAGCUACUGUAGCUUCAUUUGGCUUAAUUGUAAUUGUGUUUAUUGCCAAUGAGAUAUAACUUCUCUGAGCCAAAAGCAAUGAAAUAUGUACAGUGCACUGAUGACAUAUUUAAAUGAUCUGCUGUUGCUGUUUCUAUAUUAAUGAUCUUCUUAUUUAUUUUUUUUAAAUGGUCUUAUUGAAUUCCAUUGUGUAUAUACCUCCAAGAUGGCACAUUUACUGUACUUGAUCGUUUACAUGUCUACCAACAUUUUUGCUGAAGAGUUGAUGGAUUGAGGAAAAACAAGUAUUAAAGUUGUACUGGUACUGGAAA